AUGGAGGACUUCAAGGACUACGAUGACAUUGAGUUGGAGGAGAUGGAGAAGAAGUAUCCUCAAUAUGACGACCUCAAUUAUGAUGAUCUAACAACAGCUUUUAGUAGGUUAGAUACAAAGGUGAAGGGAGAGGCUAUGUAUGGUGAUGACCCUAUAACGAUAACCAAUCUUGGAAGUGAACUAGACUAUGUAAGGAAUCUCAUGGAGAGACGUGCAAUAGAAGAAACAACUUUCACCGAAGGAAAUGAUGGUACAGUGAACAUUUCAGGUCCAUCAGGAAGCACAACCGUCCCAGGAGUCGACUUCGUGGAAGACCCAAACAAUUUACUUACGGAUGUGCUAGAUGUAUUUGAUGAUUCAUUUGACACUGAUUGGUUCAAUAUAGAGAAACGUCUGAGUAAACUAAAAAAGUUCUCAGAAGACCGACUCACAGCAAGUAAGAAAAGAGACUUUGAAAACCAUGUAGAACGUGUUCAUGCUGUCACAAGAGUUAUCAAGGGAAAGGAGGGACUGAUACUAGACCCUAAGUAUAAAUAUGUCAGGGAACUCAUAAAGCGAUCAUCUGUCAGAACACUCAAUGAUGGCACAGAGGUGUUGGUAUUUAGAAGUGAACAAGGUAUUGACAAAAGUGGGACACAGAUAAUGAAACGUGGUAAGACCAGCAAACCUGUGUACUCCAAGAACUCCAUUGCAUUGAGAGAAUAUAAGAACCUUAUAAAGAAAAUAAAAGAGGUACCUACGGAUCCCGACAAUAUAAUUGGAAGUGAUGAAUCAAUUUACGAGGAUACUAGAGAAGAGCCCCAGCUUGAUACCAGUGAUGAGGAAUUCGCUGACCGCGAGGACAUUGAGUUAAUAGACAUAGGUGCAAAACUAGGAGACCUUCCAGGGCUAACAAUGCAAGAAAACAAUGAACUGAGGGGUGUUCUUAACCCACCUGAGGGAUCAGAUUUACAUAGCAGAACAGGUCCCAAUGGAUCAUUGCAAAUACAAGCGGAUUACUUUGAUGAAGCUAUUGGUAGAACUGUAGAGCAAGCCACUGAAGCUGAGGGUACAACUGAGUACAAUGCUCUCCUAGAAAGAAUUGAUAGUCUAAAGGAAGCUAGAGAUCGAACCCUAGAACAGAGAGUAUUAGAGGAAUCCAGAGAGGCGCAGAAGAUAUUUAAGUUUGUGAAAUGGUUAGGGGAGGAGAAGGUGGGUCUAACUGGAAUAGCAAUAUCAACAGCAGGUCUACUAACAACUCUUCUUAUUCAUGCCCGGGGAGUCAUUGUGAAGACAGCAAAUACCACAAGUAAGCUUGUAAAAGCAUUAGCAAAUUUAGCAAAGAAAGCAGGGCCACUCCUGGUUCCAUUUCUGAAUGUCCUCGCGUCAGCUCUCAAAUGCGGUGCUAAAGGUGUAGCAUGGUUAGCGUCACACUUAUGGGUAUUAGUUGUAGCAACUAACCUACUUGUGUACAACAAUUACAGCAAGUAA